AUGGAGAUAUCACAAUUGUUCUGUAAUAUCCCACCUCCGGAAUCAUUGCUUCCGGCACGAUCUAACACAUCAAAUUGUUCGGACCUGGAGCUUCAAGAGAUCACCGAGUUUCCGUUUGACUCACCCGAACCACCCCAGUUUAUGGCAUUGUCACCGACCAUCUCGAAAUUGGAUCAUCAGGAAGUUGUUGAAACACUUCCAUUCCUGGAUUCCGUGCUCGAACACAGUGCGUUUGUUUAUUCAUCAUCAUUAUCAAAAUUAUUUAAGAAAUUUUCCUAA